AGGAGAGGUUGGUGCAAGAGGAAAGAGGGCGGUCAGAGCAGCUUCUGUUUCACUUCCAGCCACUGCUUUUCUCCAUGCCGGACACCCCCUCCUCGCAUUGGAAGCCCGCUUCUGUGAUGCCAUGCCACGGAACCACAGCGGAGACGAAGGCGGCGCCGGGCUCUGGAUGAGGACCUCGCCGGGCCACCGCACCGAAUGCGUGAAUGAUGUUGAGUCCGGACGAAAGAUGAUGAUGAUGAUGAACAACGACGGCUUGUUGUCAGCCUCCAACUCCGUCGGCGCCGCCGGCGGUUCCGACUGCCUGCGAGGGAAACAGGGAGCCCGGCUCAGCCUGCUGGGGAAGCCGCUCAUAUACAGCGCGCAAAGCGGCCGCAGGAAUGUGCGCUACCGGAGGCUGCAGAACUACCUGUACAACGUGCUGGAGAGACCCAGAGCCUGGGCCUUCAUCUACCAUGCCUUCGUGUUCAUCUUGGUCUUCAGCUGCCUGGUCCUCUCUGUCUUCUCUACCAUUCCAGCUCAUCAGGACUUCUCCUCUUACUGCCUUCUCAUUCUGGAGUUUGUCAUGAUUGUGGUGUUUGGGUUGGAGUACAUCAUCCGCAUCUGGUCAGCAGGAUGUUGCUGUCGCUACAGAGGAUGGCAGGGGCGACUCCGCUUUGCCAGAAAGCCUUUCUGCGUCAUUGACAUCAUAGUGCUGAUUGCAUCGGUGGCAGUGGUGUCGGCAGGCAGCCAGGGCAACAUCUUCGCCACCUCAGUCCUGCGUAGCCUUCGAUUUCUUCAGAUCUUACGCAUGGUGCGGAUGGACCGAAGAGGGGGAACAUGGAAGCUGCUAGGAUCUGUGGUCUAUGCACACAGCAAGGAGCUUAUCACUGCCUGGUACAUUGGUUUCUUGGUCCUCAUCUUUUCUUCAUUCCUGGUCUACCUUGUGGAGAAUAAGUUCAACAAGCAGUUUGCCACAUAUGCCGAUGCCUUGUGGUGGGGGACGAUCACCCUAACAACCAUUGGCUAUGGAGACAAGACACCACAGACUUGGACAGGACGGAUGUUGUCUGCAGGGUUUGCCUUGAUCGGCAUCUCUUUCUUUGCCUUGCCAGCAGGUAUUCUGGGCUCAGGUUUUGCUCUGAAGGUCCAAGAGCAGCACAGACAGAAGCACUUUGAGAAGAGGAGAAACCCUGCAGCCUACCUCAUUCAGUGUGUCUGGCGUAGCUAUGCGGCUGAUGAACACUCGGUUUCCAUUGCAACCUGGAAGCCUCACUUGAAGGCCUUGCAUACCUGCAGUCCCACAAAAAAAGAACAAGGAGAAUCGACGACAAGCCAGAAGCUGAGUUUCAAGGAGAGGGUGAGGAUGGCGAGCCCACGAGGCCAAAGCAUCAAGAACAGGCAGACAUCUUCGGUGAAUGACCGUCGCUCUCCAGUGGCAGAUCCCGGUGGAGACGGCACCAGCCCUACUAAGGUACAGAAGAGCUGGAGCUUCAAUGACCGCACGCGUUUCAGACCCUCACUACGCCUGAAAAGCCAGUCCCGAUCCACCACUGAUGUAGCAGACUCCAACAUGGCCGGAGAGGAUGGUUUUGAUGACAAGGGUUGUCACUGCGAUAUCUCAGUGGAAGACUUGCUGCCCUCUGUCAGGUCUGCCAUCAGGGCUGUCAGGAUAAUGAAGUUCCAUGUGGCAAAGAAGAAGUUUAAGGAAACAUUGCGUCCAUAUGAUGUUAAAGAUGUGAUCGAGCAGUACUCCGCAGGUCACUUGGACAUGUUGUGUCGCAUCAAGAGUCUGCAGACCAGGCUGGACAUGAUUGUAGGCCCACAGCCCCUGAGCAGCCGAGCCAAGACCUUUUCCUCCCCCUCCCUGCCCCUCUAUUACAGCCAGGGCAGAAAGAACUCCACCCAAGGGGUAGACCAAAUCCUUGGAAAAGGCCAGAUCCAUCUGGACAAGAAGAUCCGUGAGAAGUUGCUGUCUGAAGGAGAUCUACUGGAGGACAUGAGCAUGUUGGGGCGUGUUUGUAAAGUGGAGCGACAGGUCCAGUCCAUCGAGUCAAAGCUGGAUUCCCUGCUGGACAUCUAUCGUCAGGUCCUGCACAAGGGCUCGUCCACAGCUCUCACGCCUUCAUCCUUUCCAUUGUUUGAGCUGGAACAGACAUCUGACUACCAGUCCUCCGUAUUCAGCAAGGACCUAUCCUGCUCCAGUCAGGUCAGCGGCAGUGCGAUACCACCGCCUGGUGGCUGUGUCACACGCUCCUCUACCAACCCCCAUUUGUCCCAGGGAGAACUCCAUCUCAUCUUAGCGUCACCCAAUGAGCUCAACCUCCAUACAUCCACCACGACACCCCCCUCUGGCCCUGCUUCCUCUUCCUUCAGCCCUUCCACGCUGCCACAUCCUCAUCAUCUUUACCACCUCCAGGAUCAGCCCGCUACGCCUGAAAGUGGCAAUGAUGAAACACUGGGGAGCUCUCCCUCCAUCCUCACACCUAACAGCAUGAGCAGUGGUGGGGGUGGAGGGGGAGCAGACUCGGGGUUUUGCCUCCUGGCGAGGCUCCCGCCACCACCUCCUCCAAGCAGGAACGUAGGUUUCAGCAGCUUGAUGCGAGGACCCUCCAAUGAGACUCCGCCUGACAUUGAGGACUUUUGCGGAGGAUUCGGAAUGCAAAUCAAGGAGAGCAGCAUCGGGGAGGAACUUGGCCCAGACGUGGCGCUCGUCACACUGGGACAGCAGCUGCCAGGAAGCGCCAACAGCAACGACGGACUGAAUGCUAAGAAGGAAGGCUCCUGGAGAAGGCAUAUGAGUGUUGAACUGGAGCCCUUGGUGCCGUCGGCCCCUCGCUGCUGCUCAGGUCCUAGUCAAGCGGAUCCGAGCCUGGGAAAGUCCGUGUCAGUGCAGGACUUGAUGCAGACAGCCCCAGGCAAAGUGCAGGACCCCCACUGCGGCGGAUCUUCUCCAAGCCACAGUAACAUCAGUUACUCACCCACUGGAUUCCGCAGAAGUUGCCAAGACCUCAGUGGAGGGAGUAGAAUGGGGGGAAACGGAACGGCCGGUUGGGGGGAAGAAGGCCUUUUUAUCAGUGACAGGGAAAUGGAGAUGCAGGGAUUUGAUUUCCUGUCACAUGGGACAAUCGAGGCUGCUUCCUACUCCUCAGAACGCCUGAGAACAGAAGCCAAGGCAGGAGCAGGACCACGGGGCUCCAACCACAGCCUGGCCACCGGUCACUCAUCUUCGCCGGCUGCUGCCGCUACUGAAUUACUGAAAAUGCAGCGUGUACGCUUAAAAUAGUCUCUUUAGGAGCCGUGGAAGUGUCACCUCGUACAAGGACAGCUUUUGUCAUUUCUCAAUGGGAGGGUGAAGGUGCCAUAAUACCGGAGUGCUUUGAUGAUGCUGAUGCUUGUAUUUCGCACAGGCUGAUCCGAUAUGAACAUUGGCCGAGAAGCAUGAACAAAAUCACAACGCUGAAAACAAAGGUACUUGCUGUUUCGUUGGUUUGGCUCCAAACCACGACAUUACAGAAGACACUCACUUCCUGUACCGAUCUUUCCGUAAGUAAAAGUGUCUCACAGCAUGUACGUUUGGUUUCAGUUUUGCAAUUGUGUUUAUACUCCGUACAGUAAUCACUUGCCACUUCAUGCUUUGAAUUUCCUAUCUAUCUAUCUAUCUAUCUAUCUAUCUAUCUAUCUAUCUAUCUAUCUAUCUAUCUAUCUAUCUAUCUAUCUAUCUAUCUAUCUAUCUAUCUAUCUAUCUAUCUAUCUAUCUAUCUAUCUAUCUAUCUAUCUAUCUAUCUAUCUAUCUAUCUAUCUAUCUAUCUAUCUAUCUAUCUAUCUAUCUAUCUAUCUAUCUAUCUAUCUAUCUAUCUAUCUAUGUUUUUUCCCAAAAUACAUUCAUAAAUUAUGCUGUUUCAUAGUUGAAUACAUCUUCUAUAAGGCAUUCAGAAGACUCGUUCAAAGAUGUGAUGAUGUGUAGUAGUCCACAGUGGCCACUAGGAGUCAGAAAUGUUACAUUGAUGAGACAACAGCCACUGCAGGACGCAAGAAGUAAAAAUGUUAUGAUGUCAACUAAAUCAGUGUAAAGGUGACUAUAGAGGUGUUAUUUCAGGUCUACGGUCCCUAUAAUGUUCAAAACCAUAUUUAGAACUAUGUAACUAUGAAAAUAUUCAAUUGAUAAAUGACUCAUCACAGUGGGGCCUGGAGCCGGUUCAACACCAUAAAAGAGGGAUACUGUAUUCCUUUUAGAGCAUUCAUUUCAUAUCUUGUCUCAAUAAGUGAAAAAAAUCCCAACAUCCUGUGUCACAUGACAUCGGAAUCAGGCUGCCAUACCAUGCUAGUAUUAUAUUGAAGCAUCCCAUGGAAAUGUAUGCAAUCAUGUUUUAUACUGAAAUUAUUUCGACAAACGGUGACCAAUGAAAUUCAAUCUAAUGUGGUGUCAGUCAAGCAGCCAAUGUCUACAUCUCUAAAAUGUCAAAAAUGUCUAAAUUCUAUAUUUGGCUGUUUAGGCUUGCAACGAGUUUACAGUCUCCUGUUUAAAACCUGAUCUGUGUUUACGUGUUUAGUGUAGCAUGUGUUUGGGUUACCGCAAUUGGCAUCAUUGCGGAAUGUACACGUGAUGAUGUCAUAACGCACAUGUCCUUAAUCAUGUAUGUUGCUCGAACUCUCCUCUUCCUUUUGCAUGGCACCGAAUCCGGUGCAUCUUGGAAUGCCAGGACAAUAUUUUCUCUUAAUUGAGUAUUACAUGAAAAGCACCUCAGUGAAAACCCAUCACAGACUAGAAUGUUUGAGCCAGCUUUUAAAGUGGUCCUCGGUUCUGUUCCGUGUUAACUACAAACUUCAUGUUGACUCGCUGGAGAGAUAGAGUCCCCUCCAAAAGUAUUGGAACAGUGAGGCCAAUUCUGUUAUAUGGGCUGUACACUGGAAAGGUUUAACUUUGACGCCAAACGACGAACAUGAGAAAGGAGAUCAACAUUUCAGCUUUUAUUUCCAGGUAUUUCCAUCUGGAUGUGACAAACAACAAAACAACAAAAGAAAAGGAACACCACAUUUUAGGUGAGCAAAAGUAUUGGAAGAUGUGACUGACGGGUGUGUUUUAAUGCCCUAAUGAUUGCCCUACCACAUUGAUUAUUUCAACAAUAAAUGGCACGGAAUGUCUACACUCAGUUUCAGGUUUGGGUUUUGCCUUUGCAGACAUCAGAGGUGUAACAAACAUGAAAAGAAGAGAGUUGUCUAUGGGCGAAAAAAAGCAGUUGUGAAGCUAAGAGAAGAUGGAAGAUCAAUCAGAUCAUCAAACAUUGGCAGUAGCCAGUACAACCAUUUGGAAUGUCCUGAGGAAGAAAUAUAGAAAUAGCAGACAUCCAACGGUUAGACCAAGGAAAACAACAGCAGUUGACCUCGGGAACAUGGCAAGAGCUCCAAAGAAAGACCCGAAAACAAGUGUUGGUGAAAUCAGCAACAACGUCAAGAGGGCAGGAGUGAAGGUAUCAGCGUUGACUGUUCACAGAAGACUUCACGAACACGAGUACAGAGCCUGCACCAAAAGAGGCCAACCACUCUUUAGCAAAAAGUACACAGACAAGCCUCAAAAAUUCUGGGACAAAGUUUUAUGGACUGAUGAGACAAAGGUACCAAACCACUUUACCAAAGUGAUGGAAAGGCUAAAGUUUGGAGAAAGAAAGGAUCUGCUCAUGACCCCAAACAUUCAAACUCAUCUGUGAAACUGGUGGGCAACGUUAUGGUCUGGGCUUGCAUGGCUUCUUCUGGGACGGGCUCAUUCAUCUUCACGGACGAUGUAACCCAUAAUGGCAGCAGCAAAAGGAACUCUACAGAGACAUUUUGUCUGCGAAUUUCAAGAAAGAAGGAUCCAAACUGAUUGGGUGAUCCUUCAUCAUGCAGCAAGAUAAUGACCCCAAAACACUGCAAACAAACUAAGGAGUUCAUCAGGGCAAGAAGUGGGAGGUUUUCGACUGGCCAAGUCAAUGUCCAGACAUUUUACCAGCUCAGGAGGAGACUAAAGGGAGUAGCCCCCAAAAACAAACAACAACCGAAAGAUGCAGCAGUGAAGGCCUUGACAAGCAUCACAUAGAAGAAUGGUGAUGUCAGUAGGAUGCCACAGGAUUGAUGCUGUUGUUGCAAACAAAGGAUUUACAACAAAAUAUUAAGUCUUAUUCACUUUCAUUUCUUUUAAGUCUGCCUGUUCCAAUACUUUUGCUCGCCCAAAAAGGUGGCGUUCCUUUCCAGAUAAUUCUAUCUUCUAAGUCAGGGGUGCUCACACUUUUUCAGCAUGCGAGCUACUUUUAAAAUGACCGAGUCAAAAUGAUCUACCCACUACAAAAAUGCAAAACAUCUAUUUAUUUUCAAAUGUAUUGAGGAUUAUUUGUACGUACAAUGUAUGUUGAUGUACCUUACAUAACCAAAUGAGACAAUAUUGCAAAACACACAUAAUUAACUAUUAACAUUUUUUGUAAUUACCUGAGUUUACUUUGAUGACUUGCACUGAAUUGAACCAGCCAGGGAUGCAUAGUCCGGACAGUAGCUGCUGAUAGCCAGCCUCAAGCACACUUCCAAAUGUUUAUCAGUCAUGGAUAAUAUCCGUAUCAUAAUAUCCGUAUAAUAUUCCAUAUCCGUAUGGAAGUGAUAUGUUUUUUGCCUUUUUACUUGGUCCAGUUUUUGCCUUUUUACUUGGUCCAGCUCCUUCACUCAUUUUAGUGACCAUAAACUUUAGCGAGGGCUUAAAAUCUCGCAAUUCGCCGACUAGCUUAGCACUUUGCAUCGUUGUUUACGCAUGAGCGGUGACCUAAAGGUCAAAAUUCAGUUGUCAUCUGACUGGUUGUCCUGUAUGUCAAUCAAGUAACGGGGAUGGAUCAUAGGCUGACAUCGUAAGUUCUGCUGCACUUAGAGACGUUGUUUGAUUUGAUUGGUCGCCCGAAGGGCAACAUUCAGUUGUCAUCUGAAUGGCUGCCCUGUAUAUCAAUCAAGUGACGGCAUUGAUGCUGGGAUGAUAUUUUUUUAAUGUCACGCCGCGAUCGACCAGCGAUCGACCAGUACCACCUCCGCGAUCAACCGGUAGAUCGCGAUCGACUUAAUGAGCACCCCUGUUCUAAGUUGUUUAUCACAUCCAGAUGUAAAUACCUGGAAAUGAUAGCUGAAAUGUUGAUCUCUUUUCUCAUGUUCAUCUUUUGGUGUCAAAGCCAAACCUUUCCAGUCUACAGCAAAACUGUUCCAAUACUUUUGGAGGAGACUGUAGUAGAGAAAUGUAGCUCGGUGCUUCUGGUUUCUGGUUUCUGGCCAGCAGAGAAGGCCUUAGUGUCCCAGACUGCUCGGUGACCCAAGGACCGAGAGUGUAUGUCCAUUUUUGAAGGUAUUGUGCAUGAAGAGGCUGUCAUAUCCAAAUGUUUUUGAGAGAAAGAAUGCCGAGUUAGGAGGAGAAUUGAGAAGUAUUUGUGUUUAAUGUGUUUGCUUGAGUCGUGCUGUACAUACAGGAUAUUGGUGCCUUGCUUUUGUGGUACAUCGUCACUCAUCUCCAAAGCGGUUAUUUUCUUAACAGAUUAUUGGAAAAUUUGAAAAAAAGGUUCAUUUUUAUUUCUUCGAUUGACUUGAGACGUUUGACAUUUCUUUAGUUGUUUUUAAUCCAAAGAUAAUUUUGCUGUUGGGCAUAAAAUCUUAAUGAUUGUGUUCUCUCCUUUAAUUUAUUUAAUGCUUAUGCUAUCUUCUGUCAAUUUUGUACAUUUUUCUCAAACUUUUUUUUUAAUUUAGUGAUCAUUUUUGCUGUUUCACCUUGGUGCAUGACUUUUCUUUAUCGUAAAAAAAUUCAAAUGCAGUGUCAACUCAUUUACUCUCAACUGAUGAAAUUCUGCAACCUUGGGGCAACUUUGUGGGGGAAAAUGUACACGCACAAACUGCUAUUAAAUCAUCAUGGAGCAAACGUUUUUUUCAGCUUUUCACUUCCAACAACUUUAGAGGUACCAAACACAGUGCCGCUUUAAGGAUCACACAAGCGCCCACAUUUCCGCCUUACAUCACAAACAGGAAGUGGUACUCGGAAUGAUGGCGUCAUCAACCCACCCCCGCCUGGUGAACAAAAGUGAUCUUGGCAUGUGCGAUCUCAAUAUUUCCACUGACAUGACCCACCCCAUUCUCCUCAGAUAUUGUUUUUGCCAGUCUCCCAAGGCGGAAGAUGAUGGAGUUAUGCGCAUGCGUUUUUCUUUAGUUUGGAGUGUCACGUGGUAGGAAACAACAUAGGAGGCGCCACUGGCUGGAGAAUAUUUUGACAUGGAAAGAAAAACGUUCACCCCCUGAAAAAAAAGUUUGGGUCCUUUUUUACGUACCCUGAAAUUAAACGCGACAUAUGCCUCUCUGUUUGACAGUUCCCAUGACAACAGUCCGUAGGAACGUCUGACGUAACCACGCACUUUAGUCGGCCACACAAGUGCUCCUCAAAAGGACACUGGAGGCUUCAACAAGCAUGUUCCACACCCACCGGGGUUUCCCACUAAAUAUUGUUUUGUGAGCUCAGGAAAACACCACCCAAUGUUUACACAAAAAAUGAAAUGAAAAAAUUCACAGGCAGACAUGGAACGUUUUGCUUUGUCAAUCUUUAUGUUGACAAAACCAAGGUGUGAUGUUCCCCAUCUUUUCCGUCAACUCAUAAAUAUAAUGCAUAACAUGUGUAAUAUUCAUAAUUCUGGUAAAAAGAAAACAAAUACACUAGCGAUUAAAUAGGUUAUUGUGUUGAACCAACUCUACGUUUAAACGUGUCGGCUUGUUUAAGAGCACGUUUAUUGAAAACAUGUUUUCUAAGAACGGACUGUGUUUGUACAUUUUCAAAAGUAACAUCACGUUACUUGACAACUUGAAUUCAGACAUUUGGUGUUUAUUUGCAAAACACAAUAAUUACUUGGAUAUUACAAGUAGUUCUGUGCUGUAAUAAGCAUUUUUGUGGUUUCCUAAAUACUUCCAUAGUAUAAUGAAAAUAGCAUCCUUGAAUUGAAAUGUAUCACCCUUUGAGAACCUCAGUAAUCUCUUGUUUAUCGCGGUUAAGUGGUUCCAGACCAGACCGUGAUAAGUGAAUUUCUGCUAAGUAGGAUUCCUUAUUUAUAAAUGAAAUAUUUUUGUACUUAGAGCAUAGAAAACUUGCUUAUGACCUUGUGAAUACAUUUGGUAAAAACAUUAGAAAAAGCCGAAAGAAAUAAACAAAUUAGAGCCUUCUUGACAUUAAAUAACACCCCUAUAGUCACAUUUAGUAAUGGAGAAAGACUCAUGCUCGUGUAUUGCUGUAAAUGGGUGGGGAGUUGAGUGAUGGGUGGACAGGAAGUGGCGUCUGGAGUUUAGUUUUAGCUUGCCGUGGGUUAUUGCCGCAACAGCAGCCUGUGUUUGGGAUUAUGUGGUUGUUGUGAGAUCAUUCAAACCUGCCGUAGGUCUGGUGCUUGUUUGUCUCAUCCAACAUUACAGUAACAUUAAUGACGCCUAGUGACCAGUGUAGAUUACUCCAUAUAAUCACAAUGCGUUUUCUAAAUGCCUUCUAUUUGUAUUUCAUAUAGUUUAGCCUUUUUAUGCUUGGAAAUGCUUUUGCUCUAGACAGAAAACAUGUGAAAUUAGCUUCAAAAUCUAAACAAAUAAAAGGCUGUAUUCAACCAGGAAUCAGCUAGAAUAUAUGAGUGUGGUAUUAGUAAAUCGUAAUAGAAUGCAGCCACGAAAUUCAAAGCACAAAAUGGCGAGGGAUUACUGUAGUUGUAAAAAUAAAAAACUCAGAUCAGUAUUAUCUACAGUGCAGAAAUGUUAACUUGGAACACACAUUUUCACCCCUUUAGAGAUGUACGUAGAAAGAACAAUUGAAUAUAAAAAAUAUUUAUCCAUAGAAAUGCAAGUUGCAAUUGACCAGCAAUUGCCGAAAAAUACA